AUGGUCUAUUUCCAUAGCUCAAUCUCUCUUUGUAAGUCAGUUGAUCAACCACCAAAUCCAUCCAUGGCGAAUUCGAUCGAUUUCGGUUCAAAAUUCGGUUCGAAAUCCAGGCAAAGCAAUAACUUUCAAAGGAAUCGGAGGAAUUAUAAUAGUUCAUCAUCGAAUUCUCUUCAGAUUCCGCCUUGUGAUCGAUCUAGAUCAGCUAUAGUUGAUGUUGUAAUCUUCAUUGCUGUUGUUUUAUCUUGUGGCUAUUUGUUCUUCCCCUACAUAGAAUUUUUAGUGAUCAAUUCAAUUCAGAUUACAAGCAUAGUGUUGGUUUUGAUUAAGGAAGAGUUUUCGAUUGCGCCUUCGAUUUAUAUAUCUAUAGGAUUGAGUGUUGCUUGUGCUGUGUUUGCUACUUGGGGUGUUGUUGUUUGCACAACUAACAAAUGCGGUAAUCGAAAUUGUAAGGGUUUGAAGAAAGCUGCAGAGUUUGAUAUUCAAUUAGAAACCGAGGAUUGUGUGAAGAAUUCGCCUUCUUUUGGGAAAGAUAUCGGUGUUUGUAAGAAGGGUUUAUUUGAAUUGCCUCGCGAUCAUCAUAAGGAACUUGAAGCGGAGCUUAAGAAGAUGGCUCCGAUUAAUGGGAGAGCUGUGCUUGUGCUGAGAGCUAGGUGUGGUUGUUCUGUUGGUAGGUUAGAAGUUCCGGGACCGAAGAAACAUCGAAAGAUCAAGAAGUAG